AUGGCAGAUGGUGAGCGUUUGCUUCUCGGGGAUGAUCUGGAAGAGGAACCGGAAGCAGGAGGAGCAAGCAAUAUGGCAGUGGUGAUUGGGGAUGCUCUGGGAAUCACAGAGGCGGAGCGUUUGGUGCUCGGGAAUGCCCUGGAAGAGACACGGGCCGUGGGAGGAGCAAGAAAUCUGGCAGCGCUGAUUGGAGGAGAAGAAGCAGUGGUCGCAGGAGGAGAAGAUGAUCGGGCAGAGCUGAUCAAAGGCGAGCAUGAGCUGCGACCAGAUGGCUUUGGGUGUGCUGGGGACAGGAAGCUGGCAGGGCAGUCUGGAGAGACAUGGGAGGAAGGGGAGCGUGGGGAGAAGUCCAGGAAGGAAGGAGAGGAAGGGAUGCAAGGGGAUGCAGAGGAGUGGGAUGUGGUGCUGAGUCACAUGCAGGAGGUUAUGACUGUGGAGGGUGUGACUGUGGAAGGUGUGAAUAUGAAGGGUGUGGCUCCAAAGGGUGUGACUUUAACAGCUGUGACAGCAGAGGGUGCACUUGCAGAGGGUCUGAGAGCAGGUGCUGCAGAGGAUGAUGAUGAAGGGUCAAGGAUUUUGGCAGGAGCAAGCAAACCGCCAGUGCUGAUUGGGGAUGCGCGGGAAAUCACAGAGGGAGAGCCUUGGGUGCUCCGGAAUGCUCUGGAAGAGACAUGGGUCGCAGCAGGAGCAAGCGAUCUAGCAGCGCUGAUUGGGAAUGCCCCUGCUGCUCCAGAGGUCACACAUGGGCCCUUUUUUCUUCGGAAUGCCCUGGAAGAGACGCGGGUCACGGCAGGAGCAAGCAACCUGGCAGUGCUGAUUGGGGAUGCUCUUGAAGAGGAACUGGUUGCAGGAGGAGAGGAUGAUCGGGCAGAGCUGAUCGGGAACGAGCUUGAAUGGCAUUGGGUGUGCCGGGGACAGGAAGCUGGCAGGGCGGCCAGGAGGGAAGAGGAGCGUGAGGAGAAGUUCAGGAAGGAAGGAUCGGAAGGGGUGCAAGGGGAUGGAGAGAAGUGGGAUGCAGUGACGAGUCACAUCGAGGAGUUUUCUGCUGCUCCAUCUGCAGAGUCAGGCAAUGCUGGGCUGGAUGCUUGGAUGCUGGAGGACCUAGUGUCGCUUGACGGGUUGACUCUAGAGGGUGUGACUGUAGAGGGUGUGACUGUGGAGGGUAUGACUGUGGAGGGUAUGACUGUGGAGGGUGUAACUGUGGAGGGCGUGGAGGGCAUGACCUUGGAGAGAAUGACUGUGGAGGGAGUGACUGUGGAGGGUGUGGCUGCGGAGGGUGUGACUGCGGAGGGUGUGACUGUGGAGGUUAUAAUUGUGGAGGGUGUGACUGUGGAGGGUGUGGCUUCAAAGGGGGUCACUGUAGAAAGUGUGCCAGCAGCAGGUGCUGCACUGGAUGAUGCAGCUUAG